AUGACAACACCAGCACCCAAAGGAGAUGACCAAAAUGCCGAAAUCACUCAAAUUUGUAUAAAAUCACAAGAAUCAAGCAGCUACAUUACCAAGGAUGAGUGGUUGAUUUCUAUAGAGAAAUAUGAUGAGAACACAACAAAGAAACCGAAAAUACAAAAAGUUCCAUCAAUGCUGCGUGAGCUAAACUCCAACACAAAUAGUUAUGAUCCACUUGUAGUUUCAAUAGGCCCUUAUCAUCAUGGAACGCAGAAGCUCGAAGCAUUCGAGAAGCUAAAAAUUUCAAUCGCGCAGAAAUUCUGUCUUGCCUGUGGUAAUAAAAUAUCCAUCAAAGAUUUAUAUGAAGAGGUGGCAAAGGUGGGUAAAAGUGCCCGCGAAUGCUACGAAGAAGGCUCAACUAAAUGCUUUGACGAUGAAGUGUUCAACAGAAUGAUGUUUCUUGAUGCUUGCUUUGUGCUUCACUUUAUGUUCAUCUUACAAGAAGGAAAUGUUUCCAAUGGGACAGAUAAGGAACAAAAAGAAGUAGAUCCACUACAGGAUGGAAGUUGCUACCUUGCUUUUGUGCAGAGGGACUUGUUUUUGCUAGAGAAUCAAAUUCCUUUACUAGUACUAAACGUUUUGAUGAAAUUCAGGUUCCAAAGUGAAAGCCAGGAGACAGAGUUGAUUCAGAAUUUCCUUGAUCGGAAGGCCACCAUAAUGCCACUUCAGGAAAAUACGUGCACUAAUGUUGUCAAGAAAUUUGUGCAAAAAAUGAUGGGACUCAGUGAUCAAAAAACGAAAUGGAAAUUAGAUUUGAAUACAAGCCCUCCUCACCUUCUACAUCUAGCGCGGGAACAGCUCAUUGGGCCACCUCCUGAAGAAACAAACAUGAAGAAAUCAGUCCAAUGGCAUUCAUAUCCUUGUGAAAUUAGUGCACAUGACCCUUCUGAAUUGCGCAUUGCGUUGUACAUUUGUCUGAUGGAUUCACUCGUUGAUAAUGUUGAGGAUGUUAAACAGCUCCUGGAGAAGGGAAUUUGA